CUGACGUUUCCGACCCGCACACGUUGUAGUUCAUUUGCAAUUUAUAUUUUUUUAUUUCAUUCAUAAAUUUCACGAACGAAUAAUCGCGUACGUAUUAGAAUAAACAGAGGAGGAUUAUUUACGACAUCGAAACGUGCGGGGAAUCAAUGCUGAACAGGUUGUACUGAGGAAUUGUUGUGGUACCCUAUAAAUCUAAAAUCUUCAAUAUUGAAACUUUAGGUAAGUUUAAUGUCUUUAAUACUUUCUACUACUUUGGCCGUGUUAUAAAGUUUUCAAAAACAUGUUUGUGGCAUCCAUUUUAACAGAUAUUUGAGACGCUUUUACUGUAUUAAAAAAAUAGCGAGGCAAAAGGAACGUCUUGCCAUUAGGAGGCUUUGUAUGAAACUAGUGUAAACAAAUAUUAAAAAUAUAUUGUUACCUAAUAUCAUCUAUAUCUUAGCAUGCCUACAAAGUAUUUGUUAUCGAAUUUCAUGUAUUUGAAGCCGACUACUGUUAUUAUGUUAUAUCUAUAUUAUUAAAAGUGCCGGUUAAAUAGGAUCAGAGUUGAUGUGAGUUGGCAGUGGCUUGCGAGGUUGUUCAAGCUCUAGAUUAACAAAAUAAAGGUUUGAUGAAUGUUCCAGCGAUGUUUAAACUUCAAUAGAAUACAUGCUAGUGUUGGGAUUUGGGAAAGCAUCAAGAACAGCUAACCAAGGACGUUAACUGUCAACUCUCAUCCUCGUGUAAUCGGGGCUUAACAGACAAAUUCAUAAUGUAUAUAUUUUCUAUACUUUAUUGCUUUGAAAUAUAGUCCUAGACAUACCAAUAUAUACCCUAUUACGAAACGCCCGUGUGUAUUUUACAAAUUGCCUUAAUUAAUGGCUGGGUUAAAAGUUUGGUUUGGGUAUAGCAAUCCAUGGUAAGAAUCACAUUUCUUAUCGACUCGCAGCAUCAUGUGACAUGUUGGCCAAAUGCCACAACGUGGCAUAUACAAUAGAUAAUUGCUCUCCCCUUGAUGAGUAAAAUUAUCUGGCAUUAUUAGACAAAGCAACAUAAUAAGGCAGGGCACAUGCUACCAGGGCUUGCAAAAUUUUGAAAAAAGUGGUUGCCCUUGGGGCAGCCAACACUCACAAUUUGGUUGCCUGAGGCCAUUUCUCACUUGCCCAUAUUAAUUAAAUUAGAUAAAAAUAAACCAAUGAAGUUGAAUGAAUCACAACAAAACCGGUGUUUAUUUAACUGUUAACAAGUUACAACUGCUACUGUGUUACAAAUACUCUUACCUCCCAUGCUUGGAUUACUACUGUCAUUGACAUUGUUGAUUCAAAACACAAAAGUGUGGUUGCCCGUCGGGACAUUUAUGUUUUUGAAGUACCCCAAACUAGACAUUGAGGGCUCCAAGGCUGUACACACUGUGUGUGUGAGGGGGUGUGUGGGGGGUGGGAGAGGGGUAGCAGGGGUAGCUGCCCCCAGAGAAAAUUACACUACGGUUAACAAUUACAGUGACAAACAAAUAACUGGAAGAGAUAGUUUCGCCUAUAUAUUACUCUAUGAACUCUAAUAAUUGUUCUAUUUCUUCAAUAAAAAAAUGGUACUGUUCUGAUAGAUGUUUAGAAUUUAAAUGCCAGCAUUAGCUGUGAGCAUGGUGUGCCAGGAUUCCAGUGUAGCUCUGUGGUGCUAGUAAUUGCCUUGUCAAUUAUCUUGCUAUUGUUGAAAUCAAUUUUAUAUCAAUUUUAUGGUCAUAAGACCAAGCAUGAUUUGUAAUCUUUGAGCGUGCUUCAUGUUUCUCAACAUUAUACAUGAGUCAUGAGUUCUUUUUUUCCGUGUGAUGAAAGCUCGACCCGUCUCACCAAUGUAGCUCGACAAACAAUCGGCACAAUUUAUGCGAUAGAUCACAUUUGUUUGUUCUUGGGAUGGUGGUCUGUCUUUCGGGAAAGAGAGCAUUUGUUCAAGCAGUGUGUAGAGGUUUCGCUGCAGUCAGGCAGCCAAAAGCUUGUGAUAAAUAAAUAUUUCCAACCAGAGAAUGCCUCAAAAAUCAUUAUGUUCAAUCCUGGUCGCAUUUUCAGUAUUUUUAAAGUUAAAUAUAUACUUCUAGCAUAUAGGUCUUGCUGCCCUUUAGUGAAAAAAAUUAUAUGCAAAGCCCAGCCUACAAAGACCACUUGGAAAGCCACCUGCAACCAAUAUCCACACAUGUGAAUCUAAUGUGACUAGCAUAAAUGAUUCAUUCAACAAAUACUUUAAUUUCUAUCUUCAGGUUUGCUCAUUAAUCCACUAUCAGGCUUGGCUCAUUACUUAUAAUGAAUUUAUAUUCAAAAUACCAGGAGAAUUCUGUUCCAACUGUAGUCCACAUUCUGCUGUGCAUUUUUGCUCUGGCAUUUUGGCUUUUGUUUGCCUCUAUUGCACUGCCUUUCCUAUUUAUAUUCCAUUUAUUUAAAUGGGCAGUGGCUGCUUGGAUAUUGUACAACCGUAUUGGGAAACUGUUAGCUAGCGAAGACGUCCCUUUCAUGCAUGAAUCUGAGCACAAUAAGAACUACAGCGUUUGUUUGUUCAUGGUGAAAGGGAAACCGGACGUUGAGAAGCUUAGAAAACUAUUCUACGACCGUGUUGUAACCAAUGAUGGGCAUCCUAGCUAUAAACGGCUAACAAAGCGAAUUCAUCAAAAAUAUGGACGAUACGUUUGGACAAACGAGGUUGACUUUGAUGUAUGUAGGCACAUACAUGGUCACGAGGGCACCCCUCCGGCCAAUGACGUGGAACUGGAGAGAUUAUUUGGUGAAAUUAUAAGUAAGCCAAUGCCACGAGAUAUAUCCCCUUGGCAGGUUGUGGUGAUUCCGUUACAGAUUGAUGGUAAGUAUGCGUUCUUCACCCGCGCUCACCAUAUCAUUGGGGAUGGUAUUUCAAUGGUGAACCUAUUUAGCAAAGUAAUGGAUGACAAACCAGUACUUCUGAAGCCGAGCGAGAAGUUGAUCAAGAAGUACCAAAGUAGUGCAUUAAAGAGAGUUAUUCAUGCCAUAUUUACCGGUCCAUUGUGUCUGCUAACUAUUGCAUUGUCUGCUGCUAAUAAUCCGUUCCCGAGGACAUCUGAUGUGGAAGGACAACAAAAAGUGGCCUGGACUGAGGCGGUCAGUUUGCCAAAGAUUAAGGAAGUCAAGACUAAAAUAGGUAUUUCUCAAAUUUAUUUUCUCAAAUAACAAUAGAUAUUUUCUCAAAUAACAACUUCCAGGCAACCGCAUGCCCCCAGACCCACAAAGAAAUGCCCGGUAUCAGGCUAAAAUAAAUUUCCCAAUUUCAGGUAAACGCGGAUAUUUUUUUACUUCUGGCUAAGGCGUAAAAAAAAUACCUGUGGUUCCGGUUUCAUAGCGUAAAAAAAUUAGGGUCGGUAGGUCGGAAAUAAAUUUUUUUGAAUAUUUUUUUUCAUGGUUUUGGCGUUUUUUUUUUGCUGGGCGAUAUGCAGUAGAGUCCCGACAUCAAUAUUAACUAGAGAUGCGUAUUUCCUAUGGACGAAUUUAGGCAAUUUGGUUCAAUAAUUAAUGUGACAACAGAUGCCAUUUUGGCACGCUGUAUGAGCAGACCGCAACCACCUGGAGAAAACAGGGUCGCACGGUCAAUCGCGUUGAAAAAAUAAUAGGGUCGGCAGAAAAAAAUAGGGUCGGUCUGGAACCGGAACCACAGGUAUUUUUUUUUUUACGCCUAACACCCUGCACUUCUGAAAAGUACUUAGCCUCCCGAUUAAAAUAUCAGCUUACGGGCCCGGUCAUUAAUAAUAGGAGUGGGGGCAGUGGAUGGCAGGACGUCAAAAUUGGGGUACUCCCAGGGGGGGGAUGUCAAGGUUUCGAUUUGAUUCGCACAUAAAUGUGUCUGCCUGUAACAAGAUAAAUCCAAUAUCUCAGUAUAUGCGAUUCUGCUCCUUUUUCUAAAUCGUAGUUUCAGUCUACUGAAUGAAUACCACCUUUCAGAAACCUGUAAUUUAUGCAGUUCAUUUUAAAGACCAAGUACACUGUUGAGUCUUUAAGAACGCUAGUAUUCUAGAUUAGGGUUAGAUUAAGAUUAUAUUAGGGUUAGGGGUUAGAUUAGGGUUAGGUUCAUGAUGUUCAUUUAUCCCAAUAAGCAGGGCGUAGGAACCAGCAAGUUUUGCCAAGUGCCCUUUUUUCUGGAGCAAAGUGCCCUUUUUUGCGUGAAAAAUUGUUAUUAAGAUUGCAUUUUUUGCCCAAAGGGCACUUUGAAAACUUGAAUCUGUUAUUUCCGGAAAAAUCCCCCCCCCCGUCGCCAGCAUUUCUGGGGAAAAAUAUUUAGAUACCCUUUUUUUUCGAAAAGUGCCCCUCAAAGCCUGCCCCCCUCCAACUUUUAGAAGCUUCCUACGCCCCUGCCAAUAAGUAAUUGCGCGAAUUUGUUGUAUUGAUAAUUUCGGACGUGUUUAACAAUUUACUCGUAUAGUAAAUUCAAAGGUCGAGUUCAUGCUGAGAAUCGUGAAUUAUCAUGACUGUAUCACAGCCUGCAUCUCUAGUGGCUAUUUAUGGGAAACAUCCAAACUCUCCAUCAUGGUACUUUAACAUGUAUUAUUAUAUGGCUUUUCAAAAUUCUCUAUUCUGAUUGGUUGACAAGCGGUCCGUAAAAACCCAUAUCCGGACCGUGGUCCGUAUUUUCCGUAUCUGGACCGGUGUUCCGGAUGUCGUUUAUCUGGCGGGAAAUUUUUGCUUUGCAAACAGAAAAUUUUUUUGCUUUUUAAAUUUCCAAUUGUGCUUUACAGAUAAAAAUGUCAAACAACCAAAUUGUUUUUGAUGCCUACCGUAUAUUGUUACCGAGUGAAACUGACGAUAGCCGAUUCAAUUCGCGCGAAAAGCAUAUGCUCACAGACUCAGUUCAGCCAUAUAAUAAACCGAUUAUUGACCUCGCUUGUUCGGUCUGUACUGUGAAAUAUCAGACCUCUGUUUUUUUGCAUGGACCUCGCUCCUUCGUUGCUCGGUCCAUACUAAAAAACCUCGGUCUGAUAUUUCACAGUACAGACCUCACUCUCGGUCAAUAAUCCGUUAGUAUCUUCAUUUUCCCAGGUGCGACAAUAAACGACGUGGUGACUGGUUGCCUCGCUGGUGCUGUGCGUAGAUACAUCAAAUCAACAACAGGACAAUGCUCCGAAGACGUCCAGAUUGCAGUGAGCAUCAACACGCGUCCUCCGUCCGUGUUAAUGAAAGAAAAUAUUCCCUUGGGGAACAAUUCCACUGGCGUAUUCUUCACCCUCCCCGUGACGGGGGAAACGGUGUUGGAGCGAAUCCAACAAUCGAAGAAACGAAUGGAUGCGAUAAAGAACAGUUCAGAUUUCCUAGUAUUUGGGUUUAUAUUCAGCCAUGUUUUAGCCAACCUCCCCGAUUUCCUAGCGCGGUUUAGCGUGAACUCGUUGAACCGCCAUUGUUGCCUCAUCAUGUCCAAUGUACCUGGACCACUGAAUAAGAUGGUGAUAGGCGGAGAUGAAGUAGAGUCCAUCAUGGUCUGGCCUCCGCUGGUCGGUGGCACAGGAAUGGCAACUGCGAUAUUCAGCUAUGCCGAUACUGUGAGAUUAAACAUCAAAGCUGACACGUCUGUCUUCCCCAACCCGAAACUGCUUGCGGACUAUUUUCAACUGGAGAUUGAUGAACUAUUUGAAAUUUACGCGAAGAAAGAUGACUGAUUUGCUUAUGCAAUCCUAGAACUAUUUGCUUUGUAUAAGACUGGUGGGUCACAUUGGAGGGUUAUUUGGGUCUGGUGAUGGUGGUCAACUUUGAUACUAGGCAGCCCAGCAAAAUGUGUAAAAAUCAGUGGUAAAAAUGCAUUAAACGCUUAAAAAUACGUAUAAAGUUCGUCAGCUCAUUAUACAUGCAGAUUCCGAUGUUUACGUCAUUGUAUUUUCAUAAAACACAAUGACGUAAACAUCGGAAUCUGCAUGUAUAAUGACACAGAGAAGAGAUAAUGAGCUACACAAAUAAAUACAAGGAUGGAUUUACUGAGGGUGGUGCGCACCCCCCCCCCCC